AUGUCAAACGAAGAAAAAAUUGAUUUACAAAUUCUUGGAAAAAUACGUCAUCUUAUUCCUUAUAAUUUUACCAUCGAGAGAAUUAAAAAACAUGAGGUACAAAAAAACAUAGGGUAAAUAUUAAUAAUCCAUCUUUUUUUAGUUUAGUUAAGAAAACUUAAUUAAAAUCUUCUAGAAGAUUUACUUUAGAGUAGAAUGAUUAAUAUGAUGAGUUCUGUGAUGUUUUAGAUUCAUUAACUUUUGGUAAUGAUUUACAAGUGAUUAAAUAAUUUGAUGAUUUUAAAGAGACAAUUAAACCUAAGAUUAUGAAAGGAUCUACUUUUGGUGUUGUUAAUGGAGUUGAAAGUAUUGAUUUGAAUUCGUUUUAAUCCAAAAAAGGUUGUUUUAAACCAAUUUAAGAUAAAACGAAUCUAAUCAUCUUUUGGGUAAUUUUGUAAAAUAUUAUAAUAGUCUUCUUAAGUACAAAAAUCAACAAGAGCACUUAAUUAUUUGAAUUCAUGGUUAAACUAAAAUUAGAAUUUAAAAUAGUAAAUUAAUCCAAUUGCAAUUUCUUUAGAUCGUGAUUUGAAUAGUAUAAAAGCAUACUCUAAAGAUAAUGAAGUAAAAGAAUUUUAACAUUAUCGAUUCAAUUUUGGUUGGGAUCCAACAAAUGAAUUCUAAAAAGCAUUAGAAUUGAAUUAUUUACCAAAAAUUGUUAUUGUUGGACAAGAUAAUUAUGUUGUAGAUGUGACAACUAAAUCUAAAAAAAUAGAAAAUAUAAUUCAAACAUAUUUAAAAUCAGAAAAAUAAAUUUAGGAAUCUGAAGAAGUUUAAGUACCUGAAGAACUUAUUGAAUAAGAAACAUAUAAAAAAAUUAAAACAACAUUGGUUUAAACUAUAGCAAAUUAAUUAUCUGAAAAUACACAAUUUGCUAAAAGUGAUUUUAUUAAACUAACAUUAAUAAAAAGUCAUUAAGUAUCUAAUGAUGGUUCAAAAGUACUUAUAUAAAGAAGUCAUUUAAAUAUUGCAUAUGAUGUUUCAGUUUAAUCAAAAGAAGCAAUACUAAAGUUUUUGAGUGAUCUUCAAACUUAAUUAGGAAAUGAUAAUGUUCAUAUUUAGAAAUAACUUUUAAAGGAUCCUAAAGGCAUAGUAGAUAAGAUAUCAAAUGCAUUUUAGGAUGCUUUGAAAUCAAAUCAUUAAGAAAUAUCAGAAUAUAUAAUUAAAACAGAAAGUUUUAAUUAUGUACAUGAAAAAGAAAUAUUUUAAUAAGAAGUUUCAUAAAUUAAUAAGAGAGGAAUAUUUAAUCUUACAUUUUAAUAAUAUGAAACUAUUUCUUCAUAAUUUUACUCUUAUUUAAAAUAAAAUCAAGAAGAAAUUGAUGAAAGUGAUGAAGAACAUGAUCAUGAUACAGAAUAAUAAUAAGAUAGAGAUUUUAUUUAGGGUCAUAUAAAUUAAUUAACUGAUUCUUUAAAAUCUGGAUUACAAUUAACUGUUGGUUAAUAAUUUUAAGCUAUAUAAAAUUAUCAUAAAUUUGGAAAAGAUUAAUCAGAAUCAAUUACACAUAAAGAAAAUGAAAUUUUAAUUGCCUUUUAUUGGACUGAUAAUAAAGAGAGUGAUAGACAAUUUCCAAAUAUAAUUAAGUUCUUAUUGGCCAAUGAAGAUUCAUUUAAAGAUAAAGUAAGAUUUGUAGCUUUAAGUCAACAUAAAUUUGAUCAUUAUGAGCAUUAUUUUGUAAAAAAUUAAGGUAUUGAAGAAGUUAUUGAUUUCUUUUUCCCAAGAUAAGAAAAUUAGGAAGAUUAAAUAUAAUAUCAAGUAAAAAAGUUUCCUUAUUUUAUAAUUGUUGAUAAGAUAGGAUCUAUAAGAUUAUUAUCAGAAACUUUAGAAGAUUUAGAGUCUUUAAUUUAGAAUUUGUUAGAGGAUUAAAUUAAUAAUCUAAAAUAAUUAGGUAAUUUAAAUGAUGAAUAAUAUAAUCAAAUUGUUUAAUUUUUGAAUUCGGAUGCAAGUAAAAAUCUUUCUUAACUUAAUAACAAAAGAUAAUUUUCUUUAAAUUUUAAUUUCAUUGAAAUUCAGCAAGGUGAAAAGAAAAAUAGACUUGCUCCAAUUUUAAAUUAUACAAUAAGAGAAGGUAGAGAAAAACAUUUUGAAGUAUUUCUAAAACUUCUUAAUAAAGUUUUUCAGAUUUAAAAAUUUUAGGUUAAUAAAACAACUUAGAUGACUUUAAAUUUUUUAUUUCCUGGAAAAGAUUGUAAAUUAUGUUAGAAUGAAUUAAAUGAAUAAACUCCUUAAUAUUUUAGUCCAUUUUCUAACGAAUUUUAUUGUGUAAAAUGUGCUGAAGUUUUUGAUUAAAAAGCAAUAGGAAAUAAUAAAUUAAGAGUAAAAGAUAAUCUAAUAUUUUUCAAUGCUCCUUUAGUUGAUAAAUCUGUAUUGAAUGAUAUUGAUGUAAAUAGAUUAGGAAAUAAUUUAAAAGUCAAGAGAGGAGAUCCAUAUUCUUAAAGACAUGCAAUAGAUUGUAAUGGUUGUGAUAAUGAGAUUAAAGGAUUCAGAUAUAUAGUUUUAAAUUGUUUAGCAGGUAGAUUAACAGAAAUGGUAAUAUUAAUAAAUUUAAUAGUGAUAAGGCUUUAGUAGAUUUCUGUUAAAAUUGCUUCAAUUAAAUAAGAUAAGGAGGAGGAGAAUUAGAGAAAAUUGUAAAGAGAACUUCAAUGUAUGGUUACAAUCCAUCGAUGCUACUGUUAAGAAUUCCAUUCUAUAUGGGAUAUUAUGAGUAUUGAUUUGUUAGAAAUGGU